AGGAAAAAAGUGGAGUAUCGACAAAUACACACGAAAUAAUCCAAAACAAUGUAACAUGGACUGCUGAACUGCCUGGAAAAACACAGAGGGGUAGAAGGUGGGUUCAUUCAAAUCCCAGUGUACACCUGUCGCAGUCAAUUAUAUCUUAAAGUGUCAGACAGUGAUUCUGUCGCUGCAAUGGAGAACUACACCGCAGACGACUUGUUUCGAUUUAACAGGAAGAGCGCAAUGUCCAAACCUUCCUGUGCUCCGUCCAACACACCCGGACAUCACCGUUCAGAUGUCUGUAGUUCAGAAAACAUGGAGGAGCGGCAGAAAUAUGAGAGGGCGGUCAGCGAGUCUCUGCAGGCCGUCGAUCCGAAUCAACAGGAGCUCUCAGGCAGGAGGAAACCAGCAUUAGUCAGGUCAAAGACCUUCGACCACUCCCUGCUGACUCAGGUUCAGACAGAGUCAGACUCCAAGGUAGAGAGGAAGAAGUCUCACUACAGCCAGCUUUCGAAGAGCAACUGCCAGUACCAUAAAAUAUUUAAGGAGAUCAGCAAAGAGGAACAGCUCAGACAGAGUUACACCUGUGCCCUGCAGAAAGACAUCCUCUACCAGGGACGAAUGUUUGUCUCUGACCACUGGAUCUGCUUCCACUCCAAGGUGUUUGGCAAAGACACAAAGAUCGCCAUCCCAGUGAUGUCCGUCAGUCACAUCAAGAAGACCAAAACUGCCAUCCUGGUGCCAAACGCUCUGGUGAUCGCCACUGCAAACGACAGGUACGUGUUCGUGUCCCUCCUGUCCAGAGACAACACCUACAAGUUACUGAUGUCCGUCUGUCUUCAUCUGGAGGAGAAGAGUCCAUGUAGCAGCCCCAUCCCCUCCUCAGCUGAGAACAGCUUCAGAGGUCAGAGGUCACCUCUAUCACCCCGCUUUCCUCUGAGUUUUCCAGGUGAAUUCAGUGAUCUGGACGGAGCAGUGAUACAGCGGAGGCAGGAGAUGGAGGAGAGCAGCAGCUCCGACUCCCAGACCCCCGACUACGAGAAGAUAGCAGAGUUCCCCGUUCCUCAGUUUCUGGAUGUGGUGAAGCGCACAGACAGUGCAGCUCCUCCUGAACGUCCAGACCAGCAGCACAAAGUGAGCAUCCAGCAUCAGAACCAGCAGAGCUCAGACAACAAGCAGCACGACGCACAUCACGCUGUGUCGGAGCUGGUGAUUGACAGCAGAACUCUGAAAGCAGUUUCUCUCAACACUCUGCUGUUCGUCUACCUGUUUCUCGUGUGUGUCCUGGUCUUGUCUUCCUGUUACCUGGCCUUUAAGAUCGUCUCAUUGGAGCAGAGACUGACGAAGCUCGGCUCCGUCACCGAGUUCAACCAGGAAAAUGACUUCCUGCGGGGGAGCGACGUGAACACAGAGCUUUUCUCUGAACUACUGACCAUCAACCUGAUGAAGCUGGAGAAGGUGCAGAAGAACCUGCAGAGACUGCUGGACGAAGCUGCCUGAAUGUACUGGAAAGAUGAAAGCGCUGUAUACAGUUCUGUAAAUGUACUGUAAAUAUAUAGUUUAUUAUAGUACAACCUGACAAUACUGUGAUGUAUUGGAAUAACAUAAACAAACACUGUUAACACUGUUAAUGAGUAACUUAACACCAGGCUAACACUUCCCUCUCUGGUGGAAAGUCUGUUUCACCUGUAACCACACCCAAAGGCGAUGUCAUUGUAUACUGACACACUUCUACGUCACUGCAGCAAGGUGAGACGUUAAACCACUGCAGGUCAGCAGGAACAAGAUUAUCUUAAAACUCAACCUGUGAUUAACAUUUCAUCGGCUGAUUAGAAAUCAAACCUUCUGGUAGAAUUUUGCCUGCAAUAGUAUUGCAUCUGCUGGAUGAAAAUGUGGUAGAAACAGUAGCAUUUUAAAGGCUCUGACAUUUCAAGUGAUCAGUUUUGGUAGGCACUAACAGUACUUCAUAUUUUUCUCUCUGUGGAACAAAAUCUAUUUCCUCAGCGGCCGUUAUUUUGUCACACUGAAUUCAUUCAGGCCGUCUGUUUACAGUAGCGUACAUCUGAAGAGGUCAAGGCUGAGGUCCCAGUGCUGGAUUUAUCUUUUGACUUUUGCCCAGUUUGGCUGAUCACAUUAAUGCUAUCGGUCAACUGAGAUAGCAAACACAGAAAUGUGUUUACAUGAUGACAUUUUGGACUGAAAACCAGCUCUGGACUUCAACCCACACAGAGUCAGCUGGAACUGCUUUUGUCGAUACUUCAAAACUGUUUUCCUCAUGUUUAAGUCACGCUGCCUUAGAGCUGUACUUACUGUUUCUGAUAGAACUGAAGACAGCAUAAAACAUACAGUGAAAGGUAGGGACACUAUAGCCCUUUUCCACUUCUCGGAUGUAACAACCUAUAAGCUGUAUUUCAUGAAUUUGUGUCAGGUAAAAAGUUCUUACCAGCAUUUUAACUAACAUUUCAGAUGUCGGCCAUUAAAAAGGCAUCGUGGGACUGUGGAGUUGUAGUUGGUGCUGAUACUGACUUUCUUUCACAUUUACGUGAACAUCAGAUACAAGUUUAUACAUUGACAGAGAGUCCAGGUCCCGGCACACUGGUCGGUGGUCCAAAUGCUGUCCAGCUGUUGUACCACUUUGUAGUUUUUCGUAUUGCUCCACUGAGAGCAUCGUGAUCCUUUAGUUUUCUUUUUAUAUUUUCGCCUGGUUGUGUGUUGUAUCUCCAUUUCUGCAGUAUGUCGCAUUGUGAUGUGACCUCACAUCCCCUUGACCAAUCACAAUCAACAACACUUCUGAAACUACCUGGAACUUGCAUUUAGUCACCUAUCACCUCCUGAGCAGAGUCCAAAUGUAGCUCCGGGAACUCGUCCACAGAGCGAGCAGAGAACAGUGAAAAAUAUGAAAAACUACAGCAAACUUGGAAAAGAACAAUGUAAAAUUUGGCUGUUUUUUACAUUUAAAAAGUUGUUCAGCAGCCAACUCUUCUUUGUUGUUCUUGAACACACUGUUAGUACAUUCAAUAAAUUUGCUCUGCUUCCACCAUAUUGUUACUGUUCACCGCUAUAUAAGAGCGACCUUCAUUUAAGUUAGUAAGUGUAUUGUUUUUACGUGUUUAUAGCAUAUUUCAAGUUAUUCUGAUGGCAGAUGUUUUCAUUUGUAGAAAAAUGAGACAAUCCUAGCAGCAUGUACUGCCACAGUGUCAUUCUUGGUACGAUCACCGGAUGGCGCUGUAAAGAAUUUUCCAAUCUUCCACAGUUGUUGUUCAGAACUUGUCCACUGGUUAAAUGAAUUGUAUCAGUUGAUGGACCAGCUGAACACUUCACAUGCAGCUGUAACCAUGUGUGUAAACAUCAUGAAGCUAAUUCUGAUUCAUUUACUUCUUGCCUCAUACAGCAGACUGUUACAGAGAUACGAAUUAAUGUGAUUCUGUAAAUAUAAAAAUUCUACUCUAAACACAGAUUUAAUGAUGUGAUUAUAUUUUCCUCUGUUGGGGAAUAAAGUUUUAUUUUGAAAUAAAGUUUUAUUUUUGCUGUUA